CGGGUUCGCUGAGCCUGUCCCCGUCCUGAGUGACUGACAGCUGGGGAAGCCUCCGCCCAGAACCGCCGCCGCCGCCUCCACCAGCGCGUCCUCCCGGGGCUUCCAGCAGCGACCGGCCGCCACCGAGGCUCCAGACAUGACCGACAACAUUCCGCUCCAGCCCGUGAGGCGACCGAAGCGACACGACGGGAAAAACCGGAAUGGGUGCUGCCCCUGGUCCAGGUGCUGUGGCAUGGGCGACUUCCGGCCACGCACCGUUUGGCUCGGCCACCCAGAAAAGAGGGAGCAGCGGUUCCCCCGGAAUGUCAUUAACAACCAGAAGUACAACUUCUUCACCUUCCUGCCUAUGGUGCUGUACAACGAGUACAAAUACUUCUUCAACUUGUACUUUUUGCUUCUGGCCUGCUCUCAGUUUAUUGAAGAGCUGCGCUUGGGGGCCCUCUACACCUACUGGGUCCCUCUGGGUCUCGUACUGACCAUCACCAUCAUGCGAGAGGCAGUGGAAGAAAUAAGAUGCUAUCUUCGAGACAAAGAAGUGAACUCUCAGAUUUACAGCAAGCUCUCAACGAGAGGUACAGUGAAGGUUAAAAGCAGUGGGAUUCAAGUGGGAGACCUUAUAAUCGUGGAGAAGAACCAGCGUGUUCCUGCUGACAUGAUCUUUUUAAGGACCUCUGAAAGAAAUGGCUCCUGCUUCCUGCGGACUGACCAGCUGGACGGAGAGACGGACUGGAAACUGCGCCUCCCAGUGGCCUGCACGCAGAGGCUGCCAACCGCUGCUGACCUCCUCCAAAUCAGAUCUUAUGUUUACGCCGAAGAGCCGAAUAUCGACAUCCAUAACUUCAUUGGAACUUUUACCAGGGAAGAUGGAGAUCCCCCAGUCAACGAGAGCCUCAGCAUCGAGAACACACUGUGGGCCAGCACCGUUGUAGCCUCUGGCACAGUGGUGGGGGUUGUGAUCUACACAGGAAAGGAGCUGCGCAGCGUCAUGAACACCUCCAACCCGAGGCACAAGGUUGGUUUGUUUGACCUGGAGGUGAACUGUCUGACUAAGAUCCUGUUCGUGGCCCUGGUCCUGGUGUCACUGGUCAUGGUCGCCCUCCAGCACUUCGCCGGCCGCUGGUACCUCCAGAUCUUCCGCUUCCUGCUGCUGUUCUCACACAUCGUGCCCAUCAGCUUGCGUGUCAAUCUGGAUAUGGGAAAGAUGGUUUUCAGCUGGAUGAUUAAGAAAGACUCCAAGAUCCCCGGGACGCUGGUGAGGGCGAGCACCAUCCCUGAGCAGCUGGGACGCAUCUCCUACCUGCUGACCGACAAGACAGGGACUCUAACCCAAAAUGAAAUGGUGUUCCGGCGGCUGCACCUUGGGACUGUGGCCUAUGGGAUGGACUCGAUGGAUGAGGUGCAGAGCCACGUGUUCAGCGCCUACACACAGCCCGCCCAUGACCUUCCAGCCUCCCGGGCGCCGGCGGCCACCAAGGUCCGCAAGACCAUCAUCAGCAGAGUUCACGAGGCGGUGAAGGCCAUCGCCCUGGUGCACAACGUGACCCCGGUGUACGAGUCCAACGGGGUGACGGACCAGGCCGAGGCGGAGCAGCACUAUGAGGACACGUGCAGGGUCUACCAGGCGUCCAGCCCCGAUGAGGUGUCGCUGGUGCAGUGGACUGAGAGUGUCGGGCUCACACUGGUGGGACGAGACCAGUCCUCCAUGCAGCUGCGGACCCCUACUGGCCAAAUCCUGAACUUCACCAUCCUGCAGAUAUUCCCCUUCACCUAUGAGAGCAAGAGGAUGGGCAUCAUCGUGCGAGAUGAAUCAACCGGGGAGAUCACUUUCUACAUGAAGGGUGCUGAUGUGGUGAUGGCCGGCAUCGUCCAGUACAACGACUGGCUGGAGGAGGAGUGUGGAAACAUGGCGAGGGAAGGUCUGAGGGUCCUCGUGGUCUCCAAGAAAUCCCUGACGGAGGAGCAGUAUCAGGACUUCGAGGCGCGGUACGUCCAGGCCAAGCUCAGCGUCCAUGACCGCUCUCUGAAGGUGGCCACGGUGAUUGAGAGCCUGGAGAUGGAGAUGGAGCUGCUCUGUCUGACGGGGGUGGAAGACCAGCUCCAGGCCGACGUCAGGCCCACCCUGGAGAUCCUGCGCAACGCAGGCAUUAAGGUGUGGAUGCUGACAGGAGACAAGCUGGAAACCGCCACGUGCACCGCGAAGAACGCUCAUCUGAUCACCCGCAACCAGGACAUCCACACCUUCAGGCCGGUGACAACACGGGGGGAGGCCCACCUGGAGCUCAACGCUUUCAGGAGAAAACACGACUGUGCUCUGGUGAUAUCGGGGGACUCGCUUGAGGUUUGUCUGAAAUACUACGAGUACGAGUUCAUGGAGCUGGCGUGUCAGUGUCCGGCUGUGGUCUGCUGCCGCUGCACCCCCACGCAGAAGGCCCAGAUCGUGCGGCUGCUGCAGGAGAGAACCAACAAACUCACCUGUGCUGUCGGGGACGGAGGAAACGAUGUCAGCAUGAUCCAGGAAGCCGACUGUGGCGUGGGAGUGGAGGGAAAAGAAGGGAAGCAGGCCUCCCUGGCCGCGGACUUCUCGGUGACUCAGUUCAAACAUUUGGGUCGUCUCCUCAUGGUCCACGGUCGGAACAGCUACAAGAGGUCGGCGGCCCUCAGCCAGUUCGUCAUCCACCGCAGUCUGUGCAUCAGCACCAUGCAGGCGGUCUUCUCGUCUGUCUUCUACUUCGCCUCCGUCCCUCUCUACCAGGGAUUUCUGAUUAUCGGCUACUCCACCAUCUACACCAUGUUCCCCGUCUUCUCCCUGGUGCUGGACAAGGACGUGGAGUCCGAGGUGGCCAUGUUGUACCCGGAGUUAUACAAAGAUCUGUUGAAGGGUCGACCUCUAUCGUUCAAGACGUUUCUACUAUGGGUCCUGAUAAGUAUCUAUCAAGGGAGCAUCAUCAUGUACGGGGCGCUGCUGCUCUUCGAGUCGGAGUUCGUCCACAUCGUGGCCAUUUCCUUCACCUCGCUGAUCCUGACGGAGCUGCUGAUGGUGGCCCUCACCAUCCAGACGUGGCACUGGCUCAUGAUCGUGGGCGAGCUCCUGAGCCUGGCCUGUUACGUGGCCUCGCUCGUCUUCCUGCACGACUUCAUCGACAUCUACUUCAUCACCACGGUGUCGUUCCUGUGGAAGGUGACCGUCAUCACGCUGGUGAGCUGCCUGCCUCUCUACAUCCUCAAGUACCUGCGGAGACGCUUCUCCCCGCCCAGCUACUCCAAACUGACCACUUAGAAGAGUGCGAGGUCCCCCCCCCCACACUCCCUCCACCCCCUCCCUCCCCUCGUCUUCAUCCAGCGGAGCCUGCACGUCGACCAGAGAAUCAAACAUGGAUUCAUCCCCCUCUACCUUCUCCUGAAGAGUUCUCCUCUGGGAUGUGACAGAGGGACGGAGCGCCAGGGGCAGGUCGUUUCCUGAGUUGUGUUAAUGAGCAGUGUUACUGGCUUCAUGCGUCUGAUGCAAAGAUUAACUGACGGCUGCUUUUUAUUAAUAACUCACCGCCAGCGAAUUAUGAGUUAGUUUGAAAAAGCUGCAGACGCAAAAAUGUAAUAAUGUGACUAUUGUAAUAAAUUCAGAUUCCAAAUGAGGGAAGUAAACGAUGAGGGUCAAGUAGAGAGAAGUGGAAAAGUCUCUCCUCGGUUGGCUCGAUGUGUCAUUCGGGCUGGAGGAUUAAAUUCUCUCUAAUUUCUAGUUGCACCUAAACAGUAAAGUCGUUUUUAUUAUUGGACUCUGAAUCUGACGUCGGGUUCUCGCUCAGGACCUGAUUCACCGUCUCCUUCGAGAGGGCUUUGAUCAAAUUACACAGUGAAAAAAAAACAACACAAAAGUUUACUGGCUGGACUUCGCAAGUUUGUGUGUUUGUUUGUGCGUCACGGCCGACACGCUGCGGAGGAGGAGGAGGUGCGGCUGUCUAUUUUCGAGUGACCUGUGGUUUCUGAUGUUAAAUCUGUCUCUGUGUUUUCUGCCCGUGCUCCGGAGUUUGUCCCGUUUGUGAGAGCGCGGUCACAACGACCACGAAGGAGCGGCGGGCUAUUUGCAGCCGGGGGGGGGGGGGGCGUCCAGGGCCCGUCGGGGGGGCGGCUCAGGAAUCUGCCGCCUCUCAUAUGGCCGCUCCGUAACCGGCCAGGCUUCAGCAUUGCAUGAUGACUCAGUGUUACGGUGACCUGAAGCCAUAACUGAAAAUACCCCUGUGACCACUACCCCCCCCCCCCCCC